CCCGUCCGUGCUUGCUCCGACCUUCGCGGAAACCGAUGCCUGAGUCUCUUUUCAGUGCACUCAACCUUUUCGCGAGUGUCACUCGUCUCGCCACUUAUAUAUACACCCAUCCCGAACUAGUUCCCCACGCCGUGCGCGUCAUGAAUACGAUCAGCUCUUAAGCUGUCCCGGCUACUCUGACCCCAGCGUUAACAGCCGUGCUCUAUCGAGAUGAAGGAGGCUACAGCUACUUGCAAUCCUUACAAUCAAUGUGUCCAUCGAUAUCUCGAAAAUCGCCCUGGUAGCAGAUCAUAGACGGGGCCGUUUGACGACCGGCCGCCGCUAACGCCAAAAUGUCCGACUCCAACGAACCAAGGCCGUUGACUUCAGCGUUCGAAAGUCCAACAUAUGGAGAGGACAGCUCUUUUCACGUGGAUCAGCCUGUUGGAUCUAUGUCCAUAUCGCCUUGUGGUCGAGACGUCGUAUUAGCAUCUAAGGAAGGACUUCACAUAAUUGACCUGGAUUCGCCUUACUCACCCCCUCGUUAUCUCCCUCAUCAUACACCUUGGGAAGUUGCAGAUGUUCAAUGGUCCCCAUUUGCUGCUCGAGACUAUUGGGUGGUGAGUACAUCAAAUCAGAAGGCGUUGGUAUGGAAUCUAGCAAUGCAGAGUUAUCAGAACUCUAUUGAACAUGUUUUGCAUGCUCACACGCGCGCCAUUACUGAUAUCAACUUCUCCGCACAUCACCCAGAUGUCCUUGCAACCUGUGCGGUCGAUAGCUUUGUUCAUUGUUGGGACCUUCGCGAUACCUCCCGACCAGCUAUCUCAUUCUCGGAUUGGUUUGCAGGCGCCACUCAGGUGAAAUGGAAUCGACAGGAUCCCAAUGUAAUUGCGAGCUCUCAUGAUAAAUUUCUUCGUAUCUGGGAUAAGCGUAUGGGAGCUUACCCGAUCCGGUCUAUCCAAGCUCACGGUACCAAGAUCUACGGGGUUGACUGGAAUAGGGUUCGACCCGGGGCUUUGGCAACCUGCUCUUUGGAUAAAACAAUCAAGUUCUGGGAUUAUACCGUUGAGGAUGACGUGCCGGAAAAGGUGAUCCAGACGCCAUUCCCUGUUUGGCGUGCCAGAAAUACGCCUUUUGGAUGGGGUGUUCUGGCCAUGCCUCAAAGAGGCAACAGCGAUCUUCAUCUUUACAGUCGCAGGGCAAUAGAUGGGGCCGAUCCUGACAGCCCGCUUCCUCCUGUACAUAGCUUUCCCGGCCACAAAGGACAGGUUAAAGAGUUUCUUUGGAGGGCGCGUGGAGAAGUUACUGAUGGAAUCGAUCACAGAGAAUUCCAGCUAGUAUCUUGGGGGACUGAUAAGGAACUCCGCUUGCACCGUGUUGAUCCUGACGUUCUUGAAAAAGUCGGUUACGAGAACGGGAAAUCCUUCAUGUCCAACCUAAAUAUCACCCGGAGAGGAGCGGUCUACAGAAGCUUCCGAGAGGAAAAUGUCGGCUUAGAAUACGAGGAAAAUGGCCUUUUAUCACCGUCUUUCGAGCCCCCUGUACCCCCAUCCUCGCGCGCCGGUAUGAAUACCAUAUCAGUUCCAUACGCUCCUGCAUGGCCACAAGGAGGAAACGCCAACUCGAGAGUCGGAAUGCAAAAUAGAUCUGGCCAGCGGGCCGACACAAACCCAAUUGCCUGGAUGAGGGGCGUGAAAAUAUCAGGAUGGGAUAUCGAAACCCUUGGGGAUGAAAUUACCCAUGUCGGCGAGAAAUUCACGAAAGUGGCCUUCGAGUCGGUUGAUGUGAGACGACGAAAGGCUACAAUAUCUUUACAUGGUCCUUGGGGUGCUGACAGUGCGUCCCUCUUCAUCCGAGUGGACAUCAAAUUCCCGCCGGAUUACCCUAGGGACGCCGUGCCCACUUUCAAUGUUCAGAAGACUACCGCUGUUAGUGAUCAGCUCGCCAGCAAGAUUGUUGCAGAGCUGCAGACUAUCUCUGAGACCUAUUUAUCUUACAAGCGAGGCUGUCUUGAGGGGGUCGUUCGGUACCUUUUAGGUGAAAGCAGCCUCGAAGAAAGUAUCGCGUGGAUCCUGGGGGAAACAGCUGAGACUUUGAAAUCACCGACGAAUGACCAUGUCGGGGGCGACGAGUCCAGUGACGAGGACGAAGUUGGCUUAUCACAAAGUCAAGAGUUAGCAAUGAGCUCCGAGUUGAUUCGGCCUGUCAAUGCGAACGUGAUGGUCCCAAGAGCGAGGGAAUGUGGAGCAGUUUGGGCCAAGGACGGCCGUUUGGUGUGCUUCUUCCCAACGAAGAAGGAUAAGUCAGCAUACUCUCUUGAAAACCUAGGGUUUAAAGAGAUGACGAGACUGUCAAGAACUGACAAUCUUUUCGAACGUUUUGGACGUUUUGAUACUAGUUCUCCGGGGCCCCGGAUAACAGGUACAAUCGCCAGUACUGACGACGGUGCAUCUGAGUAUUCCGAUGAUUCCGAAGCCGAAACUUCUAGUUCUUCUGGGUCUUCUGGUAUUCUAUCUGGGCUUCAACAUCGGUUCCCAACGCCUCAGACAUGGCGUAGUGCUGGAAGUCUUGGGUUCUAUCGACCUCGCUCGACGGACAAUUCCCAGAGGUCAACCAUCGGCGGCAUGACCUCCCGAUCUUCUGACGCACCACAGAAUGUAAUUUCUAUACAUGACUUGAAUGGUAUACUACCAGCCAAGCGGGAACUGGGUAGUGAGUACCGUAUAUGUGGAAAGGUCGUUGAUGUGUGUGCUCAUAACGCAGCGGUUGCCCUCAACCAUGGCUACUAUGAGCUAGCUCGUAUUUGGGGUUUGGUUAAACUCAUACUGCAUCAAAGAAGAUCAUUGCGAUCAACUCCUAUUCUGAAAAAUGCAGGCAAAGGAUCACACAUCCUACGAAAAGAUAGCGCAAUAGAUAUAAGAUCCGAUGCUCUCCAUCCCGAUCAAUCCUCUCGAAAUACAUCGGGCGUCGUUCAAUGGGGGGACCAUCCCUUUGGUGGUUAUUGGCUCAUUCCCGCACUUUUCGCAUACUUUGAACGAAUUGGCGAUAUACAGAUGGUUGCGAUGCUUUCCUGCGUUCUGUACGAACCCGAUUUCAAAGAAGCCCCGUCCGAAGGAGAAAUGUCACCAAAACGCGCAGGUCAUAAUUCCUUUUCUCUAGAUUUCCAUAACUCUCCCAGUACCGAGACGAACAAGUCGCAAGCGGUAACACCGCCCAAGUCCACGCCAAAGGAGAGUCAUACCACGCCUGGUACGCAAAGCUCUGGACGGUCAUCAUCAGAGUUGUGGCGCCCAGGUACUACUCCACCCUAUUCGGCAGGCACAACACCCCCUUUACUUUCUCGUGCAAGUGGGUUAGGUGUUGAGAGAAGGGCAGUUACCCAGAACCCGUCAUUGGCUGCUUCGCCAGACCAACAAUCACAGCCACGAACCGGCACUGGCUUCGGAUCUGCUCUUGCAUCUUCUCUUUCUCGAUCCUUCACGUUCGGGCCGUCUUCGGCAUCGCCUCCCGCAAGUGACCUUCUUAGGAGAAAACAAGCCCAAAAUGAGAAUGCUCGUGCGCUCGGAGGACCUGGGGCAUGGACCCCUAGUAGUUCUAGAGCUAAGGCUGCAUUUGUAAAACCUGAUCAUUUUACAACAACCUCCUCACAGACCCAGUCGGAUGCGGAAAGCGAAAGAUUAAGUCCGAAACCAACAAAGAAAAUCAGGGUUACCUUCAAAAAUAAAGGUACUUUUGACAGCCAUAGCACGAUGCACAACUUGUUCCUUGAUCCAAAAAAGGAUCAACUAUAUCGAUCAUACCGCAUAGCCUAUGCUCAUCUGUUGUCGAUAUGGGGACUGCCCGUACAACGGAGCGAGAUGCUGAAAAUAGGCGAUAUCAUAAAGCACCCGGAUGACACCGGCGCCCAUCACGGAGAUUCUACUAACCUUGAUGACUCCUUUUCACUUUCCGGUUUUGUUCGCAAGAGUUCGCCCAGUACCUCAGCAAACGAGGAUAGCAAUGGUCUAGGGAUCCAGCGACAUUGCAUUAGCUGUGGUGUUCAACAGUUAUCCAUCUUCGCCAUUCAGGAUGCCGUGGAUUCUGCAGUGGCGGGCGCUAACGGCCAAGCCAAGGGGAUCGCAACAUCCAUAAUAUGUCCCAAUUGCAAGCCGAAACGACCGCUGCCGCUCAAACUAUCUUGCGCUAUAUGCCGUGAAGUGGUUGAGGGAAUGCUCACACCUUGUCUCGGUUGCGGCCAUGUCUGUUGUUUUAGUUGCUGCCGCGAGUGGCUCUCGGUCAUUUUGCCAGAUGUGCGCCACGCCGACAAUAGCGAUGGGGACACGGACACGCAGUUUUGCCCCACAGGUUGCGGCUGUAAAUGCGCAGAUCACACCAUGACCGAUAUACCGGCACCAUGGAGCCAUCCGCCGUCUCCGAGCCUCGAAGGCGAGAACAGACCUCAAACAAGACGUUCAGAAGGUUCAGGCUCCAUUGACAGUCUGGUCAACCCCAGCCACCCGGAGGAUGACCUAGAUCAUUGGGGAGCAUCACCGUUUGCCUCUCUCGCCAGGGGUCUCGGUGGGGGGCUUAGUCGAGGCCUACGCGGAAAGGAGGACAAACGGAAACCGAAAAACCCUGGGAACUAUACAUUCGUUCCCAAGAGGUCAUCUAUGAACCAGGUCCUAAGUUAAUACUGAAGGAUGAUAAUAUUGUUAUAUUAGACGAACAUAUACCCUAUUGCUGCGUUAAUGAGAUGUCUUUCACGUUAUAUACUAUAAAUCCCAAAAUCCUCAACUGCACUAACCUAAUCUCCAUCAACGUCACCCAGUGGUCUAGCUAUACACCUCUAUACCUCUCCCCAAGAAACAGGCACCUCAUAUGAAACUUUACUGAUUCCCUUCUGCCUACUAAUCUUCCUAAUCGUAAUCUCCCCGGUUAACCCCGUAGAUUCCACAUGC